CCAUUCCCAAAUCGAGCCUGGCAUCUCCAUCUCCCUCUCCCCCAACCUUCUUCUCCACCUCUGGCCGUCGCCGUGGCCAGGCCGGCGUGGCGGCGCGCCACCGCGCCCUCCGUCCACCAGCACCUCCAUACACUACCACCCAUCCACUCCAUCACUACCUCGCGCCGCUGCACCAUCCAUCAGCGCCACCCCUUCACCAUCAUUGCUCGCGCGCCCUACCAGACCAGGGGUCUGGUGCCCCGCGCGACCUUGCCUUCUGCUGCUUCCUUCUUCUUCCCCUGCCUCGCUGCUACCCUUCUUCUUCCCCUCGCUGCUCCUCCACCUCUCUUCUCCUCCUUCAAUCCCUUUGCAGCUUUGCUGCUGCUCGUCUCCUACUGCGCCCCCUUGCUGAUCUCCACUCCUCCUGCUACUCCUUUUCCCGUGAUCUGUUGCUGCUCCCUCUCCCACGAACCUUCUGUUGCUGCUCUCUCUUUUCUCUGCCUUGCUGCUGCUGUCCUCAACUUGCUUCUGCUGCUCUCUUCUUGCCCACGCCUCUUGCUGCUGUCUACUUUUCUGAACCAGAAAACUGCUGCUGCUUCUCUCCUCACGCCCCCUACUACUGCUCCUUUCCCAACCUUGCUGCUCUCUCUCUCUCUCAAAUUUCUGUAACCUUCAGAAGUGUAAUAAUCAGUACUAUGUAAUGUUCAGUUUUGAUAAGUGUAAUAUCCUACUGUUUGGUUCAGUUUCAAAGUUCAAUAUAAAUGCUUGAUUAGUAUGUCCUAACUAGUUGAUACCUUAUCACUUUGAGAAGUAUUUGACCUGUCAUACUCUGUUUAGUGAAAUAGCAAUCUUCAUAUGUAUGUGGUGUCCUGUGAUAUAUACAUAUAUGUCUGUGUUGUUUGUGAUGUGAUGCAUAUAUUCUGUCCUACAAGCUUGCUUCAUCCCUCUGUUCAUGUUUGAUAGUUAUAUGCGUGUCCUUGUCAUGUUAUGUUCAUGUCCUUUAUCUUCUCUUGUCAUUGAUGUAUGCUCAUAUUAGUAUUUUAACUUCUCAAGCAUUACGAAAAUACCAAAAAGUAACUUAGUAAAAUCUGAAUUUACUUUUUCUUAUCGGCAUUUUCUUUGGCGAUAAUCUAAGAUAGUAUAGGUUUAUUUCCCUGCAUCAUCACUUGAAUUGUCUUACCUAGCUUUAGUCGCACCUAGCCGCUAAUCGCCUAGUCCCUGUGGAGAACACGACACUUGCACUUUGGGCGUAAAACCCCACUGUACUUACAAUUGAUCAUUUUGGCGCCGUUGCCGGGGACUAGCGUCGAGCGAUUGUGUUAGGCUAUAGACUAGGUUUAGUUUAUUUCAUCGUUUAAUUCACUCUGUAUUUCUUUUUCAGUGUUUCUUUUUUUCCUUGGUGUUGCUUCGGCUUAUGAUGAUACUAAUCUUCUGACUAGUGUUUGCUGUUUAUGAGCGUGUGUAGGAAAUCAUAAAUCUUUGCAGGUUGUUCUAUAGUUACACUCGGUUAAGAUGGCAUUGCUUCGUGAUCUUUGGAUGCCCAAAAGUCAAUGCUAUAUCACAGGACCAGUUUGGCCAACUAUUGAGGCAGAGAACUUCAAGCUGAAACCUAGUCUUAUUGCUUUGGUUCAACAAUGUUAGUUUGGAGGACGGCCUACUGAGGAUCCCUAUGAGCACUUACACCGAGUCAUGGAGUAUUCAGAUACAGUCAAGUACCACAGAGUUCCUCAAGAUGCAAUCAUGUGCAGGUUGUUUACAUUCUCUCUCUGUGAUGAUGCUCGUGCUUGGUACCGAUCCUUGCCAUCAAGGUCAUACAGUUGGAUUGAGAUAUCACAAGCAUUCUUGGAUAAAUAUUUCUCACUACACAAGCAGUCCGUGAUUCGAGAUGAUAUCUUCAACUUUGUUCAGCGUGAAGGUGAGAGUUUGUAUGAUGCUUGGGAGAGGUACAAUGCCUUGUUCAGGAGAUGUCCUAAUCAUGGGAUCGAGAGAUGGUUAGAGCUGCAGAUAUUCUAUAGAGGAUUGACUUCGGACACUCGCGAUUACAUUGAUAUGGCAGCGGGUGGAGCUAUUACAAACAAGACACUUGAUGAUGCUUUUCUGCUGAUUGAGAGCAUAGCUUUCCACCAACUUCAGUGGUAGAAUAAGAAGCCCACGUCUGAUUCAUUGGUUUGCUUGCAACAAAUCACUUCAUCUAAGCAAGAAUCUCUUACACAAAAGCCAGAACCAGUUUCUCCGUGUGACAAGAUUGAGCUUUCAUGGAUUAUCUUUGAUGAUGAUGACACCAUCCUAGUUGACACACACACUUCAGAUCAUAUGGAUACUAGCAUUCUAGAUUCAGUUUUGCAUUGUGAUGAUUCUUCGGUGGAUGAACCAGAGCUACAGUUAGUUACUUUUGAUAUUGAGGAGACACCUUUAGUUGAUAUUGAUCAUGUGCUGCUAGAGCUAGAUAUGGAAAAGUUCGCCUUCGAUGAUGUUAGCCGCAUUGAUUCCUCAACACUUGAGCCUGAGAUGGAGAGCUUCAUGGUUGAUUAUGGUGAGGUGGAUUCAGAUGUCAAGGAGCCAAGCUCCACUAUUUCACUUGUUGCCACGAGUCCGGUGGAAAUUUCUACUACCACACCUCACUUGGUAUCUUCAAUUGAGGUAGUCCUGAAGCUUCUUCCUAACUAUCUCAGGUAUGAUCGCUACUUUCUCAAAAAGACAUGCCAUAUCAUGGAUACUGCCUAUGCACCAUGCAAUUUGUUGAUGAUAUCUAUUUAUCAUAUGCUCAAUAGAUAUGCUUAUGUGAUAGGAUACUCUAUUGAUGACUUAGAGGGCAUUGUCCCUACACUUGUAUUGGCUUGUUUGUUGAGUUUUCUUUCAGGUUUACGCUUGUAUACCAUUCAUUGCGAGCUGACCAAGUUCGAGAUGACAUCCCAUGGGAUCCUGGUGGAUUCACGGCAUGGUGAUGAGGAGAAGCAAUGGGCACACGUGAAGAAGAGUGAAGAUGGAGCAGGCAUGAGGAUAGAGAAGCAAAAAGAGAAGAGCUGCAGUUUAGAGGGUGUCGAGCGAGUGCCACAUCAAAGCCCGAAAAGUGCGCAAAGGCACUAUAAUCAUCAAGAUUCCGAAUACAUGGCUAACCAGAAGAGAGAAGGGCAUGAAAGAAAUAUGUCAAGGACUUCAGUGAGAAGAAAAGAAGUAUCUAGGGGAGCAAACUAAAAGAAGAAGGGGAUCUUCUUGGGAAGAAAUGAAUAGAAGAGGAGGGCCAAAUCAUAAAAGUGGCAGAUCAGAUGGGGAUCAAAAUCCCUAGAUGCAUCCAUUCCCAAAUCGAGCCUGGCAUCUCCAUCUCCCUCUCCCCCAACCUUCUCCACCUCUGGCCGUCGCCGCGGCCAGGCCGGCGUGGCAGCGCGCCACCGCUCCACCGCGCCCUCCGUCCACCAGCACCUCCAUACACCACCAUCCAUCCACUCCAUCACCACCUCGCGCCGCUGCACCAUCCAUCAGCGCCACCCCUUCACCAUCAUCGCUCGUGCGCCCUACCAGACCAGGGGUCUGGUGCCCCGCGCGACCUUGCCUUCUGCCGCUGCCUUCUUCUUCCCCUGCCUUGCUGCUGCCCUUCUUCUUCCCCUUGCUGCUCCUCCACCUCUCUUCUCCUCCUUCAAUCCCUUUACUGUUGCUCUUCUCCUACUUCGCCCCCUUGCUGAUCUCCACUCCUCCUGCUACUCCUUUUCCCGUGAUCUGCUGCUGCUCCCUCUCCCAGGAACCUUCUGUUGCUGCUCUCUCUUUUCUCUGCCUUGCUGCUGCUGUCCUCAACUUGCUUCUGCUGCUCUCUUCUUGCCCACGCCUCUUGCUGUUGUCUUCUUUUCUGAACCAGAAAACUUCUGCUGCUUCUCUCCUCACACCCCUACCGCUGCUCCUUUCCCAACCUUGCUGCUCUCUCUCUCUCUCUCAAAUUUCUGUAACCUUCAGAAGUGUAAUAAUCAGUACUAUGUAAUGUUCAGUUUUGAUAAGUGUAAUAUCCUACUGUUUGGUUCAGUUUCGAAGUUCAAUAUAAAUGCUUGAUUAGUAUGUCCUAACUAGUUGAUACCUUAUCACUUUGAGAAGUAUUAAUAUAAAUGCUUGAUUAGUAUGUCCUAA